UCUGGUCAUGGGGCCUGGUGAGUCUGGGCAUGCAGUGCUUUGUCGUCUCCUUCGUGGAGAUCAGGCUUUAGGGUUUGUCACAGCUAGGGCUGCCAACUGUACGCAAAUUCAAUCGAAGCAACAUUUCUGGAGGAAUCGAGAGCGUCGAGGAGCAGGAGAGGAUGCGCCGUGAGGGAACUCGAUGCGAGGUUUCAUGGCGUUCGGGGAACAACGGGAGGUGCGACUAUGGCACGACAAGCGGGAGCGGGAGAUGUAUGACAACUUUGCAGAUCUGUUUGCGAUCAUGAAGACGACGGAGAAGCUAGAGAAGGCGUACGUGCGGGACCUGGUAAGCGCUAAGGAGUAUGAACCGGCAUGCUCCAAGUUGAUAGCGCAGUUUCGAACGUUGAAGAUGGCGUUGAAGAACUGCGUGCUGGACGUGGAGCGGUUUGCAGAUACAUAUAGGAUGGAUUGUCCGGCAGCUCUGAACCGGCUGUUGGUCUCGGGAAUUCCUGCUACUGUCGAACAUAAGAGCGCAUCCUCGGAUGCUGGCACUGCAGCUGCUGUGGCAGAAUGUGUGCAGAUUUUUAUUACCGCCAUGGAUGCUUUGAAGCUAAACAUGCUUGCUGUUGAUCAGGUUCACCCUAUGAUGUCAGACCUUAUCCUGGCUUUGAGCAAAGUACCACAGCUAUCCCCUGAUUUUGUGGGGAAGGUGAGGGUGAAGGAAUGGAUAGCAAGACUCAACAAAAUGGGCGCAUCUGAGGAGCUCACUCAAGAUCAGGCUAGGCAACUCUCCUUUGAUUUGGAGAUGUCAUAUAAUGGUUUCAUUCAGUCAUUGCCUAAGUCUUCAUAGGAUCUGUAGCAUUUUAUACGAUGGCAAUCCCUGUUUCAGGAGUGGGUGGAACAUAUUUUUUGUAAAUAGAUCUUUGUGUUUUAAAUUUGUACAUCAAGAAUCUAUUUUUCUGAAUCAAAUUAUUCAAUGUACACAAGAGUACAUGUGUCAGGUCAUUGACCUGUUCUCUGGAUA